CCGCUUUCUUGCUGCGUUGUGGUUAGGAACUUAAUUCCUCAUUUUAUGACAAACUUUGCAGCAGAUGAAAGUUUUUGAAAACAAACUUGGUCGCUGGGCAGUAACCAUUUCCAUUUUAUCGACAGUUUCACAGAACGGAUUAAUUGUAAUAAUCUGUGUCCGGGGGUUGUGCGGGACGCAGCAAGUGGAGGAGAGAAUCUUCUGCCCAGUUGGAUCUGUCUGUGUAUGGUGACAAGGGAUCAUUUGGCAGUUAAAUGGGUACCCCUCACACUGAGCAGAGUUCCACUGCCACCACAGAAGGCUCUCAACAGUUGCAGGCCUAUGUGGCAUGGGUAAAUUCCCAAAUAAAGAAGAAGCCAGAUGUAAAGCCAGUGCAGGAGCUGAGACAAGAUCUGCGAGAUGGAGUUGUCCUUGCACACCUCAUAGAGAUCGUUGCUGGAGAAAAACUUGCAGGCAUUCAUUAUAAUCCUAGCAGUCAACAAGAGAUGAAGGAAAAUGUGGAAAAAAUUCUACAGUUUGUGGCCUCCAAGCGAAUUCGCAUGCACCAGACUUCAGCCAGAGAUAUAGUGGAUGGAAACCUGAAAUCAACAAUGAGGCUAAUACUUGCGUUAGCAGCUCAUUUCAAACCAUCUGCAGCCCACAGGUCAAAUACUCAAAAGUCGAUUAUUACAGUGGCAAACAGUCAGGCUGCUCCAUUAGCCAGUCACAGACCUCUCUCGGCAACAGCCAUGGCACAAAGUGCAGUUACUGCCCUGGCAGAUGUUCGGCAAGACAUGUCUCGAUCAGGGCGGGAUGUGUUUCGCUAUAGACAAGAGUGCCAAAGGAAAAGCAGCUUUGAUGACGACAUAGAAAAUCCAUACUGGAGUGUACGAGCGAUGGUGCAACAGUACGAGGUACAGCGACGCACAUCAUCAGACUCACUUUCAUCAGGUCUUAGUUCUCCAAGUCCAACACACAUUACAAGAACAAACUCUUUCAGCAGUCAGUUGGAAGAACGAAUAGAUGCAGUAUUUGUCCCAUCUGAAACAUACGAAUGCAAGUCAGAGGAAAUUCUUAAAACACCAACAGCAAGUGGCAAACAAAAUGGGAAUAAUGGAACAUGUCUGAGUACACCUUGGGAAGAUCAGCUACUGGAACAACAAGAACAUCUAGAACAGGAGAUGUAUGAAGCCAAAAAGUUGAUAUCUGGGCUACAGUCCUUGUUGUUAAACGGCUUCUUACCUGGGGAUGAAGAGAAUGUUCCCUUUGCCCUUUGUGAAGAUGGAGCAUGCCCAGAAGAGCAACUGGUUAUAAUCCGAAGUCGUCUGGAUCAGAGCAUGGCAGAGAACCAAGAACUAAAGAAAGAACUGCUGAAGUACAAGCAUGAAGUCAGAAACCUGCAAGGUGUUAAGGAUGCACUGCAACAGAGGUUAACUCAGCAAGACAGCUCUGUACUUCAGCUGAAACAAGAGUUGUUAAGGGCCAGUAUGACCAAGGAUGAACUGUACAAUCAGAAUACUGAGUUACAAAGGAAAGUAGAAGAAAGGAACAGACUUCUUGGAGAGUACAAAAGAGAGCUGGGCCAGAAGGAUCGACUUCUACAACAGCAGCAAACAAAGUUAGAGGAAAUACAACGAAAGCUUUCUGAAGUAAAUCAUCAAAAGCCUGUUGCCAGUUUAUCCUGUCAUUCAGUUCAGAGUAAUGGCUACCUCCAGUCAGCAGGAAAAGGAGAUGCUUCGUCAGCAUACAGACAGACUGAUGAUCUGCAGUUGGUAAGGGAUGCUCUGCGCAGCUUGAGGAACAGCUUCAGUGGACAUGAUCCACAGCACCAUACAAUUGAUAGCCUUGAGCAGGGUAUUUCCAGCUUAAUGGAAAGGCUACAUGUGGCAGAAGUACAAAGACGGCAAGAAAGGAAGGUUCAUGGAAAAUCUACAGGAAACAAAGAUGCACAUGAAUACAGAGAUUCCUGGUUGCCAAAUUCAAAACUUCGUCAUUCACGUAGUUCUCCUGCUCUAAGCAGUGAUGCCUCCACAAAAGUGCUGUACUACACAGAUCGAUCUCUUACACCAUUUGUGGUCAAUAUUCCAAAGAGGUUAGGAGAAGUGACACUGAGAGAUUUCAAAUCAGCCACUGACAGAGAAGGAAAUUAUCGGUACCAUUUUAAAGCACUGGACCCAGAAUUUGGUACAGUCAAAGAAGAGGUUUUCGAUGAUGAUGAUAUCAUUCCAGGGUGGGAAGGCAAAAUUGUUGCUUGGGUUGAAGAGGACCGUGGUGAUAACAGCUAGAACUUUCUGAUACAGCAUGCUACACAUUUAUGAACAAAGACAAGUGGGAGAAUACCAAAGAGCGGUCGCUGCUAACCCACUAGAUUGGCAGUCUACCGCAUGGAAGUCUAAAGCAAAGCUGUGCUGCCUAUGAACCGGGUCUCCCUCAGAGUAAUGGAAAUGUUGCCUCAGGGUCAGUCACAGAUGCCUGUUCUUAACCUAUGAAGGGUAAGCCUUUUCACGGUUCCUGUGGUUGUCGAAACAGGUUCAUUUGUGUAGGAUAUUCCAAGAAGCACAGGCAGCAGACAGAAAGCAAAGAUAAGGAUAUGUCACAGUGUGCCAGCUGCACUUUCUUAUGAAUACAUGGUUUGCAGCCACAUCUCAGUAGUGCUGUCCAGUUUAAAGUACACAGUACCACAAGCCUUGUCUGUUUAACCAGAACAUGUUUCUGAAAGAGGUGCAAAGAACUUGAAGUUGGAAAAAACAUUUAUUGCCUAUGUACAUAAUACACCAAAUUGUUUUGAACACCUUUAUAUUUAAUUUAGUGACAUUUGUACCAUUCAAAGGAUUCUAAGUUUAUGUACCUGUUACUUGUGCAUUCACAGAAGCAGUUUUAUUGUUACUGUUAUGAAUGGUGCUGUCAUGAACUGCCAUUGUAGAUAAAGAACCCACAGCAUGUGUUGUGCUUACCAUUUCCAUUCUGUUGUACUUUAAGUAUUCCUGUUAUAUUAAUGAUUGCUUAACAAUGCUUGUUCAUGCUAACCAUUGAUCUUUGUUUGCCUUGCCAAUCUCCCAGCACAUUUCGGUUGCAGCUUCUACUGUGCAUUAGGUAUGGCAAUGUGUAAUAAAAAUAAAUUAUUGAACCUUAA